AGGAUGAGCGAGAACGCGAUGCUUCGGGGAGCGUAGCGGGCGGCCAUGGUGCUUCAUCGGGCCAUCAGGGCAGCGCGAGCCGGGGACCUCGGUGCCCUGCGGGAGCUGGCUUCUUCCGGUCACCUCUCACCUGUGAUCACCGACGCUCAGGGCGCGGGCCCGGUGCACCACGCGGCGAGGUGCGGGCGCCUGGAGUGCCUGCGCGGGCUGGUGAGCGAGCUGGGGCUGGCGGCCGACCCCCGGGCCUCCAACGGGGCCACGCCGGCGCAUGACGCCGCGGCCACCGGCCACAUCCGGGAGCUGCGAUGGUUGGUGGAUUUUGGAGGCUGCAACGUUAAUGACAGGGAUGCUGCGGGUUCCGCCGCCCUGCACCUCGCCGCCCGGUUCGGGUGCGCCGAGGUCAUCGAGUGGCUGCUCUCCGUCGGAGGACAGGCCGAGGUGGAGACGCACUGCGGGGCCGUGCCGGCUCACUACGCCGCGGCCAACGGAGGCCUCGCCUGCUUGAAGCUACUCGUUGAACAGGCACCUGGCUGUGUGGACUGCCAGACACUCACCGGCGCCACCCCGCUCUAUCUGGCCUGCCAGGAGGGGCACUUGCAUGUUGCGCAGCACCUUGUGGACAACUGUGGCGCCGACGUCCACCUGAAGGCCCACGACGGCAUGACCUGCCUGCACGCGGCCGCCCACAUGGGCCGCCAAGCUGUGGUGGUGUGGCUGGCGACCUGCACCGACGUCAGCCUGUCCUGCCGGGACAGAGAUGGAGCAACGGCUCUGCACUUUGCUGCCAGCAGAGGGCACUGUUGCAUCUUGGAGACACUGCUUCGCAUGGGGUCAAAGGUCGUCGAGGAUUACUGGGGUGGGACCCCCCUUCAUGAUGCUGCAGAGAACGGAGAGUUGGAGUGCUGUAAAAUCCUGUUGGCCAACCAGGCGAACCCUUCAGAUCCUGAUAUUGAUGGGUUCACAGCAGCAGACCUGGCGGAGUACAACGGACACCAUGAAUGUGCCAGAUAUCUCUGUGCCAUGGAGACAAACACAACCCGCCCACAUAAGCCCAUCGAGGCAACCGCUCCGGUGAAGGUGAAGCUGGCCGCGUUGUCACAGUGCAGCAGGGACUACUACGGCUGCCUGAGUGACGCUUUCAGGGACAGUUACGGCAGUGACACACCCAUGGAUCGCUUACAGCAACCUGAGAGCGAGGAGGCCCCGCAGGCAAGGUACCCUCAGCCCCCCCCCGCUCCUCCUUUACCGUCCACACCCGCCCAGCCGAGGAAAACCGCUGUCAGCAGAAUAGAGCAGGUUCCAAUCUCAGCAUCUGUUAUUAAAGGUUUCAAUCAGGCCAAGGCGGCCCGGAGUGAGGUCACUGGCGACAGGAAGACCAUGUUGCCUGGUGCAAACCUCCUGGCUGGAAGAAAACUCCUUGGCGACAUGAAGUCCAUUCAAUCGUUGAAACAAUCCGGGAUGUCCGGAGUCUUCACUGGACAAGCGAACAAGAUGGUGGUGCUGCCCACUGAGGAGGCUAACCUGUCUGACAUCGACUACCUGGUACCCACCCACGACGAGCGAGGCCGUCCCAUCGCCGAGUGGAAGAGGCAAGUCAUGGUGAGACAGCUGCAGGCCAGGCUGCUGGACGAGGAGGAUCAGAGGAGGAAGGAAAAUGGGAACAGAUACGCCAAAGUCAGCUGGAGGUUCUCCCAAGCCCACAACGCCAUCCUGGGGCCUUCUGGUGAGCUUCUGACGGAAGAUGACCUCAUCUACGUGGAGCAGCAGAUUGCCAACGUCUCCAUGCAGAGGAACUGCGAAGGCUACGAGCUGGAGCUCGCCCGUCUGGCCGAGGAGCUCAGGCACAUCCUGCCGGCCCCCAUAGUGAACAUCACCGCCAACACGCAGUUCAGGAACCUCUCCAGUCAAGUGCCCCUGCCCGUGUGGUGCGGCCGCAUCUCGGGCAUCGUGAAGAGCAUGUCUCUGCUCAUGAGCAACCUCUCGGACCAGCCCUACUGCAAGAUGCCCAACACCGACCUGAUCACCGUGUUCUCUCAGACGCCGGAGCGGCGGAACUCCACCAGGGGCCGCAGGGAACGGAUAGAAGACGAGAUCCACCAGUUCGGGGUGUCGGUGCGGACACUGAAGUCUAAUUUUGAGACGCUGAACCCUCCGCUGUCCGAUGAGCCAGAGGAGUUCAGCUCUCCCGCGCCGCUCGAGGCCACGGAGUCGGACCAAGAGCCCAAAGUGCUGACUCCGGCCCCGGAAACCGACCACAACAACGACUCCGGCAUUGACUACGAUGAGAACGUUGCAGACGUACUAGAGACCACCAGCCUCAGGAAGGAGCGUAUAGUUGUGCUCUUCCUAAGCCACUGGAAGAAGUCUGCCUACACCGUGUCACUGAAGAGCAAGGAUGCCGCAGAGAGGAAGGCGAGCGGCGGAAGCCCUGGAUCGGGCGACAAGUCCGAGGUGGGUCGCAGGAGCAGCUUGGAGUGCGCCCAGUCGAAGAUGAUGAACAGCUCUCUGGGACACUUCUUCAAGCAGAGGAGUGCUGUCAACAAGAUGCUGGGAAGCUGGAGGAGCAUGAUCUCCAGCGUCCCGUCCAGACAGAUCCGCAGGCUCCACAGGCAGAAAGCCCUCUGCUCCCCAGAGCAGUUCCUGCCUCGCCUGGACGGCGUGCCGGUGGAGUACGACAGCCUGACCCUGGAUCUGUUCAUGCUCGGCUACUUCCACAUCCUGGAGUUGGAGCUUCCCGUGGACGAACGCAAAAUUAGACACCUCCUGUGUUUCGAGGUGUUUGACCACGUGGGGAGCUUCCCAUGGGAGCUGGUCAGGGACUUCCACAAGGCCGUCAUACAGGACAUCGAGGCCGGGAACCGCGAGUGGAAGGACGGCUUCGAGGACAUUAAAGUCAAGUUCUUUGGCAGCGCUGCGAGCCCGACUGAAAGCGCUGUAGAGGUGGUGAAACACAUCCUCCCGGAGGUUAGACAGGUCCCUAAAGUCAUCGUGCAGACACCUACGCCUGAUGAGGGGAUGCUCCACGGUGGAACUGACAUCUCCAGUUUUAGCAAUGAAGAAAUUUGCAAAUACAUCGACCGCAGUUUUGCUUUUUGGAAAGAGAAAGAAGCAGAGAUUUUUGAUUUUGAGUAGUUGUUUGUGUAAUCUUUUAAAUAUUUCUUUUUCUAUUGUUUGCAGUUAUAUUACAUUACGAUUGGGUACCAAUUCUAAAUACUAUUUGAAGUCUGAAUUUAUUUGUGGAAAUUGUCAACCUUCAAGUACCAAAAGCUAGCGAAUGCUUAGCCAGAUUCUUAGCCAUGUUUACUUAUUUGACAGAUAUUG